AUGUCCACUCCUGUCAGUGGAGUAGUCCCGCAGGACCGCUGGCAGCCUCAGCAGAGGGUGAAGGUCUGUCAGUACCAGGACUGCGGCGCCCCCUUCGGCUUCUUCUCCACCAAGGUCAACUGCCACCGCUGCGGCAUCGUCCUCUGCAGCAAGUGCGCCGCCACCAAGACCGUGAUUCCCCGCUACUACAGCAAUGAAACCGUUCCCGUCUGCCAGCGCUGCUACCAGGUGGUGGAGCGCUACAAGGAACGCGGGUCAGUGACACCGGGAUAUGUUGUUCACUCUACCACCAUCAGCGCCACGCCGGCUCGAUCCUCGCCGGUGCCGCCACUUCACACGACUCCAGCCCUCCGGCCGCAUGCACCCUCGCCGCAGCCCGCUUCCGUCGUGUCCACGGCAACACUCGUCCAUCCCGUAGAAGAAGACGCAGUGUCCACAAAACCCUCCGUCAGCGAGGCCGACCUGCACGCCCUGCGAAGCAUCAUCGAGACCCUCCAGCAAGCACUCAACGAUGAACAACACAACGCCGCCCUAGCCGCCACGUCCGCUGCCGAGCAGCUCCGAACAGCCAAAGAAGAGAACACAGCACUCAAAAGCACCGCACAUCUCCUGCAGCAGCGCCUAGACACCGCCACGCAGCAGCGCGCCGAGCUGGAGGCACGGGUGGCACGGCUGGCCGCGGACCGCGACGAGGCGCGCCAGCAGCUGGCCGCGAACGCCGAGGAGCUGCAGCAGCGCCUAGACACCGCCACGCAGCAGCGCGCCGAGCUGGAGGCACGGGUGGCACGGCUGGCCGCGGACCGCGACGAGGCGCGCCAGCAGCUGGCCGCGAACGCCGAGGAGCUGCAGCAGCGCCUAGACACCGCCACGCAGCAGCGCGCCGAGCUGGAGGCACAGGUGGCACGGCUGGCCGCGGACGGCGACGAGGCGCGCCAGCAGCUGGCCGCGAACGCCGAGGAGCUGCAGCAGCGCCUAGACACCGCCACGCAGCAGCGCGCCGAGCUGGAGGCACGGGUGGCACGGCUGGCCGCGGACCGCGACGAGGCGCGCCAGCAGCUGGCCGCGAACGCCGAGGAGCUGCAGCAGCGCCUAGACACCGCCACGCAGCAGCGCGCCGAGCUGGAGGCACAGUUGGCACGGCUGGCCGCGGACCGCGACGAGGCGCGCCAGCAGCUGGCCGCGAACGCCGAGGAGCUGCAGCAGCGCCUAGACACCGCCACGCAGCAGCGCGCCGAGCUGGAGGCACAGGUGGCACGGCUGGCCGCGAACGCCGAGGAGCUGCAGCAGCGCCUAGACACCGCCACGCAGCAGCGCGCCGAGCUGGAGGCACGGGUGGCACGGCUGGCCGCGGACCGCGACGAGGCGCGCCAGCAGCUGGCCGCGAACGCCGAGGAGCUGCAGCAGCGCCUAGACACCGCCACGCAGCAGCGCGCCGAGCUGGAGGCACGGGUGGCACGGCUGGCCGCGGACGGCGACGAGGCCCGCCAGCAGCUGGCCGCGAACGCCGAGGAGCUGCAGCAGCGCCUAGACACCGCCACGCAGCAGCGCGCCGAGCUGGAGGCACAGGUGGCACGGCUGGCCGCGAACGCCGAGGAGCUGCAGCAGCGCCUAGACACCGCCACGCAGCAGCGCGCCGAGCUGGAGGCACGGGUGGCACGGCUGGCCGCGGACCGCGACGAGGCGCGCCAGCAGCUGGCCGCGAACGCCGAGGAGCUGCAGCAGCGCCUAGACACCGCCACGCAGCAGCGCGCCGAGCUGGAGGCACAGGUGGCACGGCUGGCCGCGAACGCCGAGGAGCUGCAGCAGCGCCUAGACACCGCCACGCAGCAGCGCGCCGAGCUGGAGGCACGGGUGGCACGGCUGGCCGUGGACCGCGACGAGGCGCGCCAGCAGCUGGCCGCGAACGCCGAGGAGCUGCAGCAGCGCCUAGACACCGCCACGCAGCAGCGCGCCGAGCUGGAGGCACAGGUGGCACGGCUGGCCGCGGACCGCGACGAGGCGCGCCAGCAGCUGGCCGCGAACGCCGAGGAGCUGCAGCAGCGCCUAGACACCGCCACGCAGCAGCGCGCCGAGCUGGAGGCACAGUUGGCACGGCUGGCCGCGGACCGCGACGAGGCGCGCCAGCAGCUGGCCGCGAACGCCGAGGAGCUGCAGCAGCGCCUAGACACCGCCACGCAGCAGCGCGCCGAGCUGGAGGCACAGGUGGCACGGCUGGCCGCGGACCGCGACGAGGCGCGCCAGCAGCUGGCCGCGAACGCCGAGGAGCUGCAGCAGCGCCUAGACACCGCCACGCAGCAGCGCGCCGAGCUGGAGGCACAGUUGGCACGGCUGGCCGCGGACCGCGACGAGGCGCGCCAGCAGCUGGCCGCGAACGCCGAGGAGCUGCAGCAGCGCCUAGACACCGCCACGCAGCAGCGCGCCGAGCUGGAGGCACAGGUGGCACGGCUGGCCGCGGACCGCGACGAGGCGCGCCAGCAGCUGGCCGCGAACGCCGAGGAGCUGCAGCAGCGCCUAGACACCGCCACGCAGCAGCGCGCCGAGCUGGAGGCACAGGUGGCACGGCUGGCCGCGGACCGCGACGAGGCCCGCCAGCAGCUGGCCGCGAACGCCGAGGAGCUGCAGCAGCGCCUAGACACCGCCACGCAGCAGCGCGCCGAGCUGGAGGCACAGGUGGCACGGCUGGCCGCGAACGCCGAGGAGCUGCAGCAGCGCCUAGACACCGCCACGCAGCAGCGCGCCGAGCUGGAGGCACGGGUGGCACGGCUGGCCGCGGACCGCGACGAGGCGCGCCAGCAGCUGGCCGCGAACGCCGAGGAGCUGCAGCAGCGCCUAGACACCGCCACGCAGCAGCGCGCCGAGCUGGAGGCACAGUUGGCACGGCUGGCCGCGGACCGCGACGAGGCGCGCCAGCAGCUGGCCGCGAACGCCGAGGAGCUGCAGCAGCGCCUAGACACCGCCACGCAGCAGCGCGCCGAGCUGGAGGCACAGUUGGCACGGCUGGCCGCGGACCGCGACGAGGCGCGCCAGCAGCUGGCCGCGAACGCCGAGGAGCUGCAGCAGCGCCUAGACACCGCCACGCAGCAGCGCGCCGAGCUGGAGGCACAGGUGGCACGGCUGGCCGCGGACCGCGACGAGGCGCGCCAGCAGCUGGCCGCGAACGCCGAGGAGCUGCAGCAGCGCCUAGACACCGCCACGCAGCAGCGCGCCGAGCUGGAGGCACGGGUGGCACGGCUGGCCGCGGACCGCGACGAGGCGCGCCAGCAGCUGGCCGCGAACGCCGAGGAGCUGCAGCAGCGCCUAGACACCGCCACGCAGCAGCGCGCCGAGCUGGAGGCACAGGUGGCACGGCUGGCCGCGGACGGCGACGAGGCGCGCCAGCAGCUGGCCGCGAACGCCGAGGAGCUGCAGCAGCGCCUAGACACCGCCACGCAGCAGCGCGCCGAGCUGGAGGCACGGGUGGCACGGCUGGCCGCGGACCGCGACGAGGCGCGCCAGCAGCUGGCCGCGAACGCCGAGGAGCUGCAGCAGCGCCUAGACACCGCCACGCAGCAGCGCGCCGAGCUGGAGGCACAGUUGGCACGGCUGGCCGCGGACCGCGACGAGGCGCGCCAGCAGCUGGCCGCGAACGCCGAGGAGCUGCAGCAGCGCCUAGACACCGCCACGCAGCAGCGCGCCGAGCUGGAGGCACAGGUGGCACGGCUGGCCGCGGACGGCGACGAGGCGCGCCAGCAGCUGGCCGCGAACGCCGAGGAGCUGCAGCAGCGCCUAGACACCGCCACGCAGCAGCGCGCCGAGCUGGAGGCACAGUUGGCACGGCUGGCCGCGGACCGCGACGAGGCGCGCCAGCAGCUGGCCGCGAACGCCGAGGAGCUGCAGCAGCGCCUAGACACCGCCACGCAGCAGCGCGCCGAGCUGGAGGCACAGGUGGCACGGCUGGCCGCGAACGCCGAGGAGCUGCAGCAGCGCCUAGACACCGCCACGCAGCAGCGCGCCGAGCUGGAGGCACGGGUGGCACGGCUGGCCGCGGACCGCGACGAGGCGCGCCAGCAGCUGGCCGCGAACGCCGAGGAGCUGCAGCAGCGCCUAGACACCGCCACGCAGCAGCGCGCCGAGCUGGAGGCACGGGUGGCACGGCUGGCCGCGGACCGCGACGAGGCGCGCCAGCAGCUGGCCGCGAACGCCGAGGAGCUGCAGCAGCGCCUAGACACCGCCACGCAGCAGCGCGCCGAGCUGGAGGCACAGGUGGCACGGCUGGCCGCGAACGCCGAGGAGCUGCAGCAGCGCCUAGACACCGCCACGCAGCAGCGCGCCGAGCUGGAGGCACGGGUGGCACGGCUGGCCGCGGACCGCGACGAGGCGCGCCAGCAGCUGGCCGCGAACGCCGAGGAGCUGCAGCAGCGCCUAGACACCGCCACGCAGCAGCGCGCCGAGCUGGAGGCACAGGUGGCACGGCUGGCCGCGGACCGCGACGAGGCGCGCCAGCAGCUGGCCGCGAACGCCGAGGAGCUGCAGCAGCGCCUAGACACCGCCACGCAGCAGCGCGCCGAGCUGGAGGCACGGGUGGCACGGCUGGCCGCGGACGGCGACGAGGCCCGCCAGCAGCUGGCCGCGAACGCCGAGGAGCUGCAGCAGCGCCUAGACACCGCCACGCAGCAGCGCGCCGAGCUGGAGGCACAGUUGGCACGGCUGGCCGCGGACCGCGACGAGGCGCGCCAGCAGCUGGCCGCGAACGCCGAGGAGCUGCAGCAGCGCCUAGACACCGCCACGCAGCAGCGCGCCGAGCUGGAGGCACGGGUGGCACGGCUGGCCGCGGACGGCGACGAGGCGCGCCAGCAGCUGGCCGCGAACGCCGAGGAGCUGCAGCAGCGCCUAGACACCGCCACGCAGCAGCGCGCCGAGCUGGAGGCACGGGUGGCACGGCUGGCCGCGGACCGCGACGAGGCGCGCCAGCAGCUGGCCGCGAACGCCGAGGAGCUGCAGCAGCGCCUAGACACCGCCACGCAGCAGCGCGCCGAGCUGGAGGCACAGUUGGCACGGCUGGCCGCGGACCGCGACGAGGCGCGCCAGCAGCUGGCCGCGAACGCCGAGGAGCUGCAGCAGCGCCUAGACACCGCCACGCAGCAGCGCGCCGAGCUGGAGGCACAGUUGGCACGGCUGGCCGCGGACGGCGACGAGGCGCGCCAGCAGCUGGCCGCGAACGCCGAGGAGCUGCAGCAGCGCCUAGACACCGCCACGCAGCAGCGCGCCGAGCUGGAGGUGGAGAUGGCAGUUCUCCUGCGUGAGAGGGAGGAAGCUCGCGGAGAGACAGCAGUGGCUGGAGAGCAGGUGCAGCUGUACCGGGAAACGGUCGAGGAGGAGGAGUGUUUAAAGGAGGAACGAUGGUGCCUCGAGUCACGGGUGGCGCAGCUGAGGGAGGCGUCCGCGGCCGCGAAGCAGCAGCGGCAAGAAGUGGCGGCGAAGGCGAAUGAGGUGCAGGAGCGCCUUGAUUCGAUGGCGCGUCGGUGCAUUGCGCAUGAGGGAGAUGCGCCGCAGCGGGCUGACGGGAGAGACGACGCCUUGCGGCAACUUGCUAAUCUGCGUGAAGAGGUGAAGCUCAGUGAGAAGCAGAAGGCGAUGGAGCGUGUUAUUCCGGGUGUUAGAGAGCGGCAGAUGCGCCUCGAAGCAGCUGAGGAGCAGCGGGCGGACUUGGAAGCACGCCUCGUCGACGAGGCCGGUGACCUGCGCUCUCGUCCUGCUGCGAGCACAAACGAAGUGAAUCUGUACCGCGACCUCGCUCUGCAGGAACACGAAGCAGCCCAGAAUCGGUGCACAACACUGGAAGCGCAGGUGGCAAGCCUCACGAGCGACCGCGACAACGGGCGCCAGCAAGAGUCGGCUGACCUCAGCGAGGCGCAGCGUCACCUCGACAACGUGCAGGAGCGCGACAUGGCCCAUCAUCGGUGUGCCGCGUUGGAGGAGCAGAAUGCUGCUAUGGCCUCGGAGUUGCAAGCGGUCAAGGCUAAACUGCGGCAGGCCUCAGUGAAGGCCUCCUCGUUGAUGACGCGACUCUCUGCAUCAUCCUCGGGAGCUGGUGGUGUCUCUGCCCGUGUGAGAGUGGGAGGCAGCUCUGCCGUGCCACAAGCGGCGCCACACCGGGAUGCGGAGCUCAUCGCCGAGGUGGGCGAACGCCUUCGCGAAAGGGGGGAGGCCAUGCGACUGUUGGCCGAAGGCGUCGAACUGCGCGAGCGCGCGCGGCCGCUGGAACGGGUGCUCGCCGAGAAGCUGAUCGGCGACCGUCGCACGAGCGACGCGGAAGAGGUCGCCACGGAGCCCACGCAGGUGCGGCGGAACGCUGCGCACUCGCGGCACCUGGACUCGCGUGAGGCGCAGCUGGACGAGCGCGCGGCACGGCUGAGGGAAAAGGAGCAGCAGCUGCUGCGCGUCGCUCGUGAACUGCAGACUAAGUCGCGCGCCCUUCAAGUAUUAUACGCACGGGCGCUGAAUAGGCCACAGGUGACGUCGUUGCUGCUGACGGCCGACGGCGACGAUACCUCCUACCCCGACACACCACAGCAACAGCAGCAAGGCACACGCACGCCGCUCAGAGAACCUGUAUAUUCGCUGGACAGCGAGGUGGCGCACUACGGCCGAACUGCAGGGGCCGCAGUGAGCAGUGGUCUCGCAUCACCUCUGCCGAGGGAGCCGCCACGGGCUCGGAUGGUGCACCGCGCUGUGGAGGCAACGGGCACAGAGGAAGACACGCAGGUGCGCCUCACGGCUGCAACGGAGGCUUACCGCGACGUACUGUACGAGCACAUUCUUGAGUCGAAUGGGCUCCAAGGGGUGGAUGUGUUGGCUCAGUACCUGCCCCACCACACCUCCGGCGGUGGGCUGAAGACACCGCGACUGCCGGGGAGCGGCAUUAUAUCGAAGACCCGGGCAAUGCUACGAGCGCUGGAGGAGCGCCUGGGUGCUUCCCGUGGCGUCGGGCGUGGAGUCGACCCGGCGGUGCAGGAGCGAAGCCUGGAAGCGUUCCGGCGGCUCGAGGCCGCCUUGUCUGCUCUCUGUGGAGGCAGCCAUGCGUAG